UGGGGAUAUGGUUGGAUGUUUCUGUCUAGAUAGAUGGUCAUGGUCAGGUGCCAGUCUUCAAAUUUUUCAGAUAUUCUUUAUGUUAACGUUUAUAUUAAAUUUUUAGAUAAUUUCUCCUUUUCGCCGACCACUAUGUAUAGAACUUGAUGCGUUGAGUUCACUACUUUCUUAUCGAUACCGACUACGGUAUAUUAACGCCGUAGUACGGAUUUUGUACCGUGAAAGAUGGGAAAUAUCCAUCCGAAUAAUUCCGAUAAUUUCUACUUUCGCUUUCUUUUCAGAAUUUCACUAAAGUUUAUCAGUUAAUUGCAGCUAAUAACUCAGAUGUCAUGAAGUAACAAAUAUGAUAGUUUAUUAACUCAUCUAAACACCUCUUAUUUAUCAUGUAUUUUUUCCCAAAUAUUUGCAAAUAUAGAAGAAAAAAAAAGUUAAAUUUUCCGUGGAGUUGUUUUCAAAAAAUGACAAUGCCCAAAAUUUAACUGUACAAGAUAGAACAUGAAAUACAAAUGUGAUAAAUUGUAAGUGAAAAGAAAAGUGAAACAAAUGGCUUGAAUCCGCCGCUUGAUGGUUAAUAGAGAUGACACACUAACUUUUAGCUGAAAGUAAUGGAGAGGACCAGGUGUCAUCCGUAUUCUAGGGGGCGACAAUAUCAAAAUCAAAGACAUGAAAGAGACAAAAUGCUGGAUGCUGCUGUAUCAGGGUCAACAAUUUGGAACUGUGUCAACAGUGUCCAGAUGCUGUUUUCAACAAUGAAGGAAUCCAUGCUUGACAUACUCACACCUUCCUGGUUGUCAGACUUUCUGACUCGCCUCCAUAUAUCCUCCAAUAUAGAGACUCAACCAGAAACCUGUUGUUCUGAGAGUGGAAUGCAAGCUGUAGUUAAUCAAACAGAAGACCAGCUGAGAAGAAGUGAAAUAUUACUUAUUCAAGAUGAAAAGUCAGAGUCACCUGAUGAUAUUAAUACAAUAAGUGACGAUAAAGGUCAGAGUCAAGGUCAUUUGAGGUCACUGCUGCAUCAUGAGGAGGUCACAAAUCACUCCUGUACAGAACAACAAUAUAGGACCUGUGAUUUUAAUCCGGAGGCCAGUAGCAGAGUGUGUGUUACUAGGCAACAGCAGAUGAGUGGUAAAAUGUCAAGUGAGUUAAAAAGAAAGAUUGAAAUUGAUAAAGAAAAUAUAUGUUAUUGGAAGAGGCAGAAAACAACAGGAAGGCAGAAAUUCAAGUGUGAUAGAGCAGCGAUGAAGGAAAUGACUAGAAUCCACCUCACUGAUAUGUACACCAGCAAUGUUUCACAAGAGUUAUUUUCCUUGCAAGAGGAUAUUGUGGAAAAGUUGCACAUACAAGAAAGACCAAGUCAGGCAAGAGCAAGAGAGGUGUUGACAGAUCUAGAAUCAAGAAGAAUUCUACAUGCACUAAACAGAGAUCACAAACCACUUUUUACAAUCAUCCCAGAUCUCCAAUUUGGUCCCAAAGCUCCGAAGUUGAAAUACUUCGUUCCACCUUUUUCACAUAAGAAAAAUAAAGAGGCUGCUUCAGAUGAUACAAGAACAGAAUCAGCUGAUGUACUACCAUCUACUAGCUUAGAUGACACCAGUCAGUUCAAGCCAGUACUGCCCUGUCAAUCAAUGCAGUCAAGUACAGACAUGUCUACAGAAACUGGAAACAAAAACAGUGCACCUGUAGAAAUCCUGUUCCCAGCUCAAUCAUCAUUACCAUUGUCUACAGCAGCACAAAAUGUUGGAUCUGGAAAUUCUAGAAAUUCAACUCAACAGUCAAUUUCUUUGACAGCAACUGAAUCAGACACUAGUUUAGCAUCUGCCGAAUUACAUUGCCUAGCUAAUUCAUCUGAACAAUUUUCAACUUUUAAACCAGAGCUAGGAAUAGGUUCCAACCUAACUGAACAAUCUAAACCAGAGUCAUUAGUUCAUCCAGAUCAAUUAACCAGUAGAUUGACAGGAGAUAAGUUAACAGCUGAAAAAUUUCUACCAAUGGUAACAGUUGAACAAGAAUCUGGUAUCAGCGGUUCAGGAAUUCAACAAAUUCAACCAAUGGCAACUGAUAAAUCAGAAUCUGAUACCAGCAGCUAUGGAUUCCAGUUGUCAAUGCUGAAACAAGACCCAGGUACCAGUAGUUCAGGAUUCCAGUGCCCAGCUCAACUCUCUAAGCAAGUAUCAGCGUUUAAACCAGAUAUGGGUACCAGCAGAUGGACAGGAAUUCAAUCCCCAGCACAGCAGUCUCAACCCAGGCCAAUUGUUAAACCAGAACCUGGUACCAGCCCUUCUGGAUUCCAGUUACCAGCUCAACAAUAUCAAUCAUUGUCAACUGGUAAAGCAAAGCCUGAUACCAACAGCUCAGGAUUCCAAUCCACAACAAAGCAAUCUCAGUCAUUGCCAAUAUUUAAGCAAGAACCUAGUACCAGCCCUUCUGGAUUCCAGUUUCCAGCUCAGCCAUUGAUUUCAAUGACUUUAACUCAAGAAAACACUGGUACCAGCAGAUCAAGCUGUGACAUAACUUCCUUUAAAGGUAUGGCAUCCAUACUGUCUGUUGGACAGAAUGAGACCUCAUUUUCAAUUAACUCUGAAUCAAAAGAAAGUAACGGCUUGACAAGAUGUGAUUCUGGUUUUAUUACGUCAGCAUCAUCUGCUUCAAGUACCAAGCCUGCUAUUGAUUCUAGUUUGACAUUAUCUAAUGACAAAACUCCUACAGCUGUAUUAAAGAAGGAAGAACCUAAUCAAAGUGUUACUCAAUCUUCAAACAGCAUGCCUAACUUUCAGUUUGGCCAUAAAUCAACACCAGUGUCAGUAUCUGAGCAAAAUUCUGGAUAUGGUUUUGACAAUAGAAAUGACAUAUCCAAGCAAAGUAUUCCAACUGGACAAAACUAUGGAGUAGGUGCUUCUGUUUUCAAUUCACAGGACAAAACUAGGUCAUUAGAUAGUUCAUUCAACCAUCCUGCAGAUAAUGUUAUGGCGCAAGAAAGAUUGGUAUCAUCCAUUGCCAUAGAGAGUUCUGAUAAACCAAAAGAUGGAUCUCUUAAUUUUGAACCUUCUGAUAAAGAUACAGUGUCAUCUGUGGAGUCUAAGUCAGCUUCCACAAAUUCAGUACCUGAUGUUGUAAUUGUAAAUGAUGACGGUGCAGACAUUGAACCUCAAUCACCUGGAAUUUCAUCUAGCCUACAGGAAGACAAUGGUCUUGAUGAUGACAUGCAGUGUAUUAAAGAAGACAGUAGAAAUACCUCUGCUACAGAUGUUUUGUCCUGUUCAAUGUUACCUCGGCUGAUGCAAUUCACUACUGAAAAUGAAAUCUGCAAUGUACCAGAGUUGAAGCCUGCUGUUGAUAAAAGUAAUGUUUCAAUUUUAAAUCCUGUCAUUGCAGACAUACCACCAACUGUCUCAGGUAAGACAAAUAUAG